UUUCAUAUCUUUUUUUUCUUGACCUUUUGAACUACAGUGUAAAGCCAGGGGAAGUGGACCGAGCCUGCUGUGAGGCAGAGCGUGACACUGUACAUAUCUUUUGGGGGUAAAGGUAAACAUCAGGGCAAUGGGUGGAGGUGUUGCAGACAGUGAGGUGCUACAACAGUUUGACCAUUGACUUUUGUCCGAACACCACCAUCAUAAAUCAGGUGGCUCAGCGCCUCCAGCAGCAACCGUGGACUCCAGUUCCCACAAUCCUCAGAUAGCAUGUUUCUGUGGGCAGGAAGUAAAGCAACUGACGGAAGAAGUGAGCGCAGACCCGCCUACCCAAAGAGUCGUGAAUAUGACGUCCUGGACAAGAAGAAGACCGUGACCGCUCUGAGGGCCGGGGAGGACCGAGCCAUACUGCUGGGCCUCGGCAUGGUCGUCAUGUCCGUCAUGAUGUACUUCGUCCUGGGAAUCACCAUCCUGCGCUCCUACGCCGACCGCGUGUGGACGGACGAGAACAGCUGCACCGUCGUGAACUCCACCAUCGUGUGCGACGUGAACUGUUCGUACAGCUGUGGAACCGAGUGCCGGGCGAGUUCCCGUUACCCCUGUCUCCAGGUCUUCGUGAGCCUCAACUCCUCGGGAAAGGUGGUGCGCCUGUUGCACAACGAGGAGACGCAAGAAAUCAACGCCGAGUGCUUCUACGUCCCAAAGUGCCGGAGGGACUACGCGGCCACGCACGUGGCGGUUCAGAACAUUUCGGAGCGCCUCCGGUCCCAGCACACGGUUCAGUGUUUCGUGGACCCCACGGAGAGAGUGGACAGCGCCAUCCUGACACAGAUAUACGGUCGGGGAACCGUCUUCCAUUCCCUGUUCUGGCCGACCUGCACCUUGAUAGGAGGAAUCGUCAUCAUUGCCAUGGUGAAGCUGACCCAGUACCUGUCCAUCAUGUGCGAGAGCAAGUGAUCCGCAUCAAGAGGUGAAGGGUGGGAUGGCCUUGAGUUCAAAAGGAAGCUCCCCGGAGUAUGGAAACAGGGGUGGGGGGGGGCGACCGGAGCAGCUUCAAGUGGGCCGAGGCCAAAGGACACGGCGAGAAAAGCCCCUUAAAGAGAAGCGGUCCGGCUUGCAACCGCCGGAGCGUUUCAGAGACACGUGACAAUCCAGACGCUGCUAGAAAAGAGGAGGAUAUACUUUUACAGGUCAGAAAUCCAGGUUGGAAGAUGAACUGAUUCUGGUUUGCAACCGGUUGAAGUCAGUGACAAUAAUGUCCACUCUUCUCAUUGGCCAGUCAGUAGUUUUCAAAAGGAUUUGUACAAAUGUGACAGGAUGUUUUUAACAGCUCUGCGUUGUGUAGCUUUAAGGCGCUGGUUGUUAAAGGAAUGAAGCACGCGUCUGUGCUUUCUCGCCCACAGAUGAGAAGAUUGAUAUCAUUCUUGUAUUCGGCCACCAAAUAUGAAGCUGCAGCUGAUUGGCUGAGUACAAAUACGGAUCAAUAAGGGUAAAAACAACUAACUUUCCUGGUCUCGUGCUAAAGACCAGAGGAUAUGUUCGUGGCAGCCUUUCAGAUAGAGUAAUGUGACUUCAGUGCCUCAUGCAAUGCAUUUAAGGAAAUGGCCUGAUGACUGUGAUUGAUUCUAAAUGUUGUAUCCAGACAUGUUUUGUUAUAUGAAUGAAUUGCACUAUCAAUAAACACAAUGUGCCUGUGAGCUCUUCAUAAUGAC